AUGGCAUUGCAGCAACCCUACCAUUACCUUACAACAUCGUCCAACCGCAACCGAAUAUAUCUUACUCAAUCAUCCGGUGACAAGAAAGGGAGGGGCACCCAGUAUUCACCUGCCGAGCAAUUUGCACCACUCGCAUCAACGUUCCAACGGCGGCUCGUGAUAGGCAUUGGGUCAGCUUCUUUUGUAGCUAUUGGUGCUAAUUUCGGAGGAAUCACGAGCUUUCUCCUCGGACUUUCACCGGAUACUGGGCGUAAUCUCAAGCUAGAUGUGCUUUAUCCAAUAGGAGGAUAUAGUCGCUGCAUUCAGCCAGAUGAAGGAUUUGAGUUAAUCUAUCCAGCUACAUGGGUGGCAGACCAAACAUUAUUCUAUCGAGCAGCAGAACGGGCAGAACAGGAGAGAUCACUCGACCCCCCUCCACUCAAUUCUGAUAGACGUCACAAAAGGAAUGUGAAUGAACCAGUCGUCGCCUUUGGUCCUCCUGGCUCGACUGGUGAACUUAACGUCAGCGUCAUUGUUUCACCAGUCUCUCCAGAUUUCAGGAUCGAAGCCUUUGGAGGACCAAAAGAGGUAGGAGAAGCUGUUAUCAGAACAAUAACUGCUCCCACUCGACGUCCAGAUGUGAAGGCGACAUUGCUGAGAUCAAACCUGAGAGGGGAUUCUCUGAAAAAUAUAAAUUAUUACGAGUUAGAAUUUAGGGUUGAAAGCUCCUCGUUUCAGCGCCAUAAUGUGACUGUAUGUUGUGCCCAAAAUGGAAGGCUAUACACACUCAACGCACAAGCUCCAGAAUCAGCAUGGCAAAAAGUGAAAGAAGACUUCUACAAAAUUGCUGCCUCGUUUAGUCUAACUUCAUAACAUAUGCAUGGAAGCAUGUGUAUGUACAAUAAAGAACCAAAGAUCAAGAAACAAAUUCACGUGGUUUCUGAAACUAAUAUAGCUACAUUCACAGUCAGACAAAAAAUUACUACAGAGUAUAUGAAAUGAAAGACGGAGUGUACAGAAUUCAGAAUCAUUUUGCUAGACUUUACUAAGGAUUUUAUAUGAAAUCCAACACACACAGGCCUGCAAAAGAGCCUAAAAUUAUAGGCUGGAAUUAAUUCAAAAGAUAGCUUUGAAUUAACCGGAAGAAAUUCAGCUUGUAUUCUGAUAAGCUGUGCCACAGUGCCGCUGUUCAGCGUUCUCUCUCAGUAGUCAUAAUUAUGAGAAGGAAAAAGGAAACUAGUGGAUUUUUUUUUUUAUACCUUAUAUUAAAAAAAAUUGGGCAAUAAUCAUACAAAAUAUCAUUUUGCUAAAUGUCUAAAAUAGAGGAUCCAUCCAAGAAUUGAUCCUUUUAAAAAUGUUAAAAGCUCAAAAGUUAACAAAUUAGCUUCCACAAUUUUCAUUAACCCAAAGUCCCAGUGUAAGCAAACCUUCUAAAGACCACCAUAAAAAACCAUGUCAAUUAAUACACUUGUGAAGCAGUAAAUCAUGAGUUAUGCUGUACGGAAAAUUUGUAAACAAUAUUAUGGCUUAAAUUCACAUAGAUUAAAUUUUUAGCAAUUGCAGACAUAAGUGCAUGAGCAGCACCAGGAGUCCAUACUUUCUUAGUUUCUUCCCUUGUUUAUGUAAUUAAGCAGGAAGGGCUUUACAGUUUUCUUUUGAUGCCGAUUCAGAUUAUUUUAGGUUCAUUCAAGUUACAUUUUGGAUAGUAAAAUGAUGAACCACCCCAAUUAUACAUCCAAAGCAGCCUGUUCAGUGGUCACUGCUCAACUUCAUUAUUAAGUCCAGGGUUCAACAUUCAAGGCAUUGCAGCAAAACAUGAAGAAAACAAUGCGCAGACUUUAUUUGGGGUUCUGUUAUGGAUACUAGGUUAUAGCCCCACGGAUACAUGCCUGGGUGUAUCUAAGAAAGUAUAUUUUAUAAAGCAUCUAUUUUUAAUAUUUAUUUUGACAUAAUAUAACAUUGUGAAGUGUGAAUAACAUAACACUUUUUUUUUUUUUUUUUUUUUUUUUUUUUUUUUUUUUUAUAUAUAGGAUUAUGGUUAUGCAUAAGAAAUUUUAGACACUGCAUAUAAGUCUCAUUAUAUUUGAAGAAAAAUUAUAUAAGUAUUAAAAUAAGUUGAAUAGUCCUAAACUUGAGUUAAUCUAGUAAAAUUAUACAUACAUAUUUUUUUCCUACCGUCUUGCUGGCCAAAGUUCGCCAUCUUUGACCUUUACUUUGUAGAAUUAAUAUGACAAGUAAUUUAUGCAUGUUAUUGUCGGAUAUAUUUCCAAAUUCCAAUAAAAUAUUUUUAAAAAUUUCAGUAUACAUUAAAUACAUCGGAUGUAAAGUUGCCUAAAAAUGAUCAAAAAUUACCCUAAUAUAAGUAAAAGUUACCCCACAAUAUAAAUAAAAGUUACAUAUGUUUUAUUGAUAAAGUCACUCACUUUACAGGACUUUAAAUCGAAUCUAAGUGAGUGAAAGUAAUUAUAUUAACCUUAUAAACUUAUCCAAUGGCCUACUUACAUUACAAUCAUGUCACGUUUAAAGUUAUUCCAAAAAAGGUUAAAAGUUACCCCAAAUUAGCUAAAAGCUAUCCUAAAACUCUUCGAUGUGUGCCAAAAAAAAAAUUAUGUCAAUUGGGUGUACACGAAAGUUUUCGUCUUUAAAAAUUAAUGUGUACUCAUAAUAAAAGGGGAAAAAUUAGUCAAACUUUGCUCUAUGAUACCAUGGAUGGAAGAUAUUUUUCCCGAACACAGAGUAGCAGGUAUAACCAAAAUUCAUUUUUUGGGAUAGGUUAUACACAGGUAUAAACCCUCUGUGUUGUGCAGGGACAGUAAAUCCAUUAUCCGUGUAUAGACACUUUUCUUUUCUUCCCCAUUCAAGCCUUUAAAAGAAACUGCCAAUUCAUACUGAUCCAAAAAAAAAAAA